CGCAGUCUCUGGUCAUCUCCUGUACUGUGUCCGCAGUCUCUGGUCAUCUCCUGUACUGUGUCCGCAGUCUCUGAUCAUCUCCUGUACUGUGUCCGCAGUCUCUGGUCAUCUCCUGUACUGUGUCCGCAGUCUCUGGUCAUCUCCUGUACUGUGUCCGCAAUCUCUGGUCAUCUCCUGUACUGUGUCCGCAGUCUCUGGUCAUCUCCUGUACUAUGUCCGCAUCUCUGGUCAUCUCCUGUACUGUGUCCGCAGUCUCUGGUCAUCUCCUGUACUGUGUCCGCAGUCUCUGGUCAUCUCCUGUACUAUGUCCGCAGU